CGUAGCAGAAGAAAGACAUGUGCAGCAGCAGCAGCAGGCAGACGCUCAUUUCCUCCUCCAUCAGGUUCCCGCCGCCUCAUCAUGGCUCUCAACAUCCCCGGAGUGGCCGUGAUGAUGCUUUUCUACCUGCUGGUCCUCGGGAUCGGCAUCUGGGCUUCGGUCAAGUCCAAGAAAGAGGCCAAGAAAUGCCGGGGGGAUAAGACCGAGAUGGCGCUGCUGGGGAACCGGGGCAUCAACCUGGUGGUCGGCAUCUUCACCAUGACAGCUACGUGGGUAGGAGGAGGAUUCAUCGUGGGCACAGCUGAGGCCGUCUACAACCCCUCUAUGGGGCUGAUCUGGGCAGUGAUGCCGAUAACAGCAACAAUGUGUUUCAUAAUUGGUGGCUUCUUCUUCGCCGAGCCGAUGCGGAACAACAAGUAUGUGACCAUGAUGGAUCCCUUCCAUAUCAAGUAUGGGAAAGUUCCGACAGCGGCUCUGUCGGUGGCCUGUCUCAUAUCAGAGAUCAUGUGGGUGACAGGAACGCUCAUCGGAUUAGGCGUUACCAUGAGUGUGAUCCUGGAUUUGUCCUACACUGUGAGCAUCUGGAUAUCUGCUGCUGUGGCCAUCACCUACACGCUGCUGGGAGGCCUCUACUCUGUGGCCUACACAGACAUCAUUCAGCUCGUCCUCAUUUUCAUCAGCUUGUGGCUGUGUGUCCCCUUCGCUCUGACGAGUCCUGCAGUCUUGGACAUCACAGAGACGGCCUUCAACCGAACCUUCCAGACCCCCUGGGUGGGUUCCCUGGAGGCAGACAGAGCGUGGAGGUGGAUUGAUAACUUUUUACUUCUGGGUUUGGGGAACCUGGGUCUGCAGAAUUUUCACCAAAGGACGCUUUCUGCUGUGUCCUCAGCUACAGCCAAGAUCACCUGCUUUGCUGCUGCAUUUAUCGUUCCCACGUUAGGAAUACCGCCCAUUCUCCUGGGAGCAGCUGCUGCAUCAACAAACUGGAAUCUGACCUCCUACGGAUCUCCGUCUCCCUUUGAACGCGGGGAGACUGGUCUCGUCCUGCCAAUUGUCCUGCAGCACCUCACCCCCAACUAUAUCUCCAUCGUCGGCAUCGGAGCGGUGGCAGCCGCCGUGAUGUCGUCGACGGACUCAGCUUUACUGUCUGCGGCCUCCAUCUUCACCUCCAACAUCUACAAGACCAUCCUGAGGACACAGGCGUCCGAGCACGAGAUCCAGUGGGUGAUCCGGCUGUCUGUGAUAGUGGUGGGCCUGGCUGGUACGUCGCUCACCUUCCUGGACAACAGUGUCCUCAUGAUCUGGAUCCUGCGCUCGGAUCUCACGUACACCCUCAUGCUACCUCAGCUCGUCUGCGUCCUCUUCUUCAGCGUCUCCAAUGGUUACGGGGCCGUUUUGGGCUGCGUUACUGGAAUCCUGCUGCGGGUGCUCUGCGGGGAGCCGCAGCUCGGCAUACCGGCCGUCCUCCAAUUCCCAGGAUGCACUCUGGAAAACGGAGUCUACGUCCAGCGCUCGCCAAUCAGGACCAUCUGCAUGCUGUCCGCUGUAUUUUCCAUAUUGCUGUUCUCCUAUCUGGCAUCCGUGCUCUUCAACAGGGGCCUGAUUCCUGAGAAGUGGGACGUUUUUAACGUAAAAGGUCAUUAUUCGGCACAAGAUGGCCACAAACCUGUCACUACGGACCACAACUUGAAUGAUCAAACCGAGGAGAGGAAAGAGUGCGAACAACUAAAGUUAGAGACCAAAUUUUAGAGAUUGAUGUCCUACGAUACGCAGUUUGAUAUCUUUUGAAACAAUGAUUUCACGUUGGUUUUAGUUGUUGGAGCCUAGUUGAUAUUUUUAGCAGUUUGCAUUAUUUGAAUGCAGUAACGGGAAAACCAAAACAUAUGCUUUUUGUUAAAAGAGCCCAACAUUUCUGCAGUUUUAUGCAGCAGUGAAAUGUUAAAUCCUGGAUUACUAAACACGUAAUAAUUGGUUCAAAUCGGUCAUGUUUAGUGGAAAAAAAACUCCCAAAUAAGACUUUAGUGACACAUUUGAAUUUGGAUUUAAAAAAAAAGAUACUCAUUAGGCCUGUAUAACACUAUAAAUUAUUGGCUUUCUGUAUUUAGUAUAUGAACUGUCAUAGCUAGCACUAGCUUGCACUAACGUAGGCUAAUGUUAGCUUAAGUGGGAAAAACAUUCUGUGGCGUAACAAGUCAACCUGUAUCAGCAUCGUUUUGUCAUUUCACCAUCUUUUAAGUUCGUGGUGUGGAAGAGUUUUGGUGAGGUCUGUUCAGAUUGUUGGUUCAAAAUGGCGGUCUGUAAAGAAUGACGAGGCUCCUCUGGUCUCCUCUCUAACCGUAUAGCCGUACAGUUUCUGACUCGUUGUUUGGUUUGAAAAAAACGCCUCAACUUUAGUCCUAACAGCAUCCAACUCAGAAUUUAGGUCAUAGAAAUAAGCCAGCUGUUUAGAGCUUGUUUAUGUUGUUAUCUCAGACUUUUUGUCUACCUUAUGUUCAAAAUACAGUAAAACAUGCUGGCUAUAUGAGCUGCAGGUAGGUUUUAAAGAUCCCCUUUUUUGCACUAAUGUCGGUGACUGUCCGCUAGAAAAUCAUGCCAGAUCACAAGACCUGACAUUUUUCUGUAAGAACUGAAGAAAAAAAUCUGAUGCACUGAUGCGACCUGUAGUUGCAGACUUUUAAUUUUAGCAACAAGUUAGAAGUAAUGGCUGCUAAACCGUCGGCUACAAAAAGCAAGCAGGAUUAGCUUUGAUGGGUAAACUCAUGCGUUAACAAUGGAUUAAACCCUGGGAGCUUGCUGGGAUGUAAUGGGGAGUUCCUUUCUGAUGACAGACAUCAAUUCAUUUUUAAUGUCCAAGUUAAAAAUACUAACAGGAAUAAUAGACUUGAAAAGUUUGGGGUGUAUCACGAAAGCACAGCUCAAAAUCCAAAAUGGCUGCCAACUUAUAAAUGGCUUGUAAUGGUAGAGCUAGUCUGACGACCCCAAAGCGCUUUACACUACAUUCACACCCUGACGGUGGUGAGCUGUGUUAGUAGCCACAGCUGCCCUGGGGCAGACUGACAGAGGCAAGGCAGCCAUACAUCGGGCCCUCUGGGUGAAGAGUCUUUCCCAGUGACUGAGAUGGUUGGAACGGGGGAUUGAACCAGCAACCUGCCAACUGCAGGACGAACUCCUGCGCCACUCUCUCCCCAAUGUAGUGAUAGCCGGCAUACCAGUUAUUGUUUUUAAAAACUCUCACUAAGGUAUGUGUCUGUUUAUAUCGGUCACAUGUAUGCAGUACUGUACAAUCUGUAGAGAAGGAGCUGCUAUAGACAGUGAAUGGAGAAAAUGCCGCUGAGCAUAACAAUUAGCAAACCCCACUGCUUUUUCAACCUCCAGCGGGCACAGUUAAGUUGACAGCGAUCCGGGUUCUGACUUUUGAGGUAAACUGCAACAAAAAGAAAUAAAAAACACCUUGACACCAAAACAUAGGAACUCUAUUGGUUUGGCAACAACUAGUUUUGCUAAACUGUUAAACCGGUGACUUUAUUGUCUGUGUUAAUGGAUUUUUAUGGCUUCUUAAGUGUCUGCUUAAAUAUUUAGUUUUUGUUUAAAAUUCACUUUUUUUUCUUUUUCUUUUUUUUUUACUGUUGUUUACCUUUCCAACUUUUAGAUAUUUUUAAUAUUAAAAAAAUGUAUCAGUGGCCAUUUUUAAUAUGGUCAGUUUGCCUUUUCACAAAUCGGUACCUUCUGAAAGUUUUGAUCUUUUCUGACCCCAAAAAAAAAAAGGGCCAUCUGCCUUUGGGUAUUUCGCACCCACCAGGCGGCAGUUCUUAUCUCGCAGGAGGAUGUUUAAUUCCCGCUUUAGUCAAACAAUGAUUUUAAUUAUAUUUGUGUAAACAGCUGAGUCUACUGUAAGGAAAUGUGACCCAGAUAGUUAUUAUAUAUCAGAAGGAGGUGGUUAUUUUAUUUUGAUCGGAAGUUGCAAUAUUUCAUAUUUUGUAGGAGUCAGUGGAACAAAAUUUGGGAUCAGGUCCAUGGUCAUUGGAAAUACAGUCAAUUUUAUAGUUUUCAGGGAAAUCUGAAAUUAAAUCAAAUUACAUGUGAGAUUUGAACAUUUCUAUUUAUCUCCAUAAUUUAUCACAGUCCUUGACUUCCAAGAGAAAUAAAAGGACUCGAUGGUAAGGUAUAUGGGUAUGAAAUGAGAUAUAAAGUGGCAAAUUGACCUGAAUCCGUUUAACACACGAGGAAAAAAAAUGAAUGUAAUGAUUGAAUAAUAAAAUAAUUUACAAAACAAGAUGUCACCUAGACAACAGCACCACAUAGGUCAUCUGUAUAAAUGUACUGAUCAUGCUGGGGUCCAUCAUACGGGCAAUAUAAAUGCCUAAUUUUUCUGUUCCCCUUUCUCCCUGUUCCUUCUGUACCUCAAUGGGGUAAGCCAUUCGCUCUUGUCGAUGGACAUGUUUGAUUUUAUUAAAAUAGAAGUCAUUAAUGAGACUGUGGUUCCAAACCAGAA